CGGAGCUGAAAUAAACGUAGAGCACGAAGAAGGAUUCUCUUUUCUUCCCGAACGAGCGCCUUCACGUGUGCUAUCACGAUGUCGCUAUCUACAGCUCGACCUUUAGUCACUGUGCAUUUUGAGAAGUCUGAGACUCCUCAGACGAUCUCUCUGCCUGCAGUCUUCAAGGCUCCCAUUCGCCCUGAUGUGGUAAAUUUCAUUCACCAGCAGGUGUCUAUGAAUCAUAGGCAACCCUAUGCUGUAUCAAAAGAAGCAGGACAUCAGACUUCUGCUGAAUCAUGGGGUACUGGACGUGCUGUGGCACGUAUCCCCCGUGUUCGUGGUGGUGGUACUCACCGCUCUGGUCAGGGUGCAUUUGGUAACAUGUGCCGUGGUGGCCGAAUGUUUGCUCCAACUAAGCCAUGGAGACGUUGGCACAGACGCGUCAAUGUUAACCAGAAGAGAUACGCAGUUGUCUCAGCAAUUGCUGCUUCUGGUGUGCCAGCUCUUGUAAUGUCAAAAGGACACAUGAUUCAAGAAGUACCUGAGUUCCCACUGGUUGUAUCAGACAAAGUGCAGGCUCUUCAAAAAACUAAGGAUGCCGUGGCUUUCCUUAGAAAAAUCAGAGCCUGGAACGAUAUCAAGAAGGUGUACAAGUCUCAGCGACUUCGUGCUGGCAAAGGUAAAAUGCGCAACCGCAGACACAUCCAACGUCGUGGACCGUUGAUAGUGUAUGGCAACGAUGAGGGUCUCAGCAAGGCCUUCCGCAACAUCCCUGGUGUUGAUGUAAUGAACAUCAACAAGCUGAACUUGUUGAAGUUGGCACCUGGUGGCCAUGUUGGUCGUUUUAUCAUCUGGACCAAAUCUGCAUUUGAGAAACUUGAUGCCCUCUGGGGAACCUGGCGCAAGGAAAGCGAGCUCAAGAAGGGCUACAAUCUGCCAAUGCCAAAAAUGGCUAACACGGAUUUGGCCAGACUUCUGAAGUCUGAUGAAAUUCGUAAAGUCCUAAGGGCACCUAAGAGGCGAGUGAUAAGGAAGGUUAAGAAACUUAACCCUCUGAAGAAUACCAGGGCUAUGCUUAAGCUCAACCCAUACGCUGCUGUAACCAAGCGUGCAGCUAUCCUUAAGGUUGCCAAGAGGCAAGAUGAGAGAGAUCUCACCUUGGCUAAGAAACGUGGUAUCACACUCCCAGAAACCGACUCAGCUGUUAAACAUCAAAAGACUAAGGAGAAGCGAUCUAAGCUUCUAGCUAAAAAUGUGGCUGCCAAAGCAAAAAAAGAAAAGAAGGCAGCAGCCCCAGCAAAGAAAGCCGCACCUGCAGCUAAAAAACCAGUUGCCGCCAAGAAGUAAAGCUUAGACGUUUUUGUUUAUUAACUUAUAUAAUAAAACAAAACAAAAAAUAUAAA